GUCACCUAUCGGCAUUUCCUUAAAAUCCGUUUACACAUACAAAGCGAAUAGAAAUCAUUUAGAGAACGGUGAAACGAAAUUUUUGAAAUAAAUUUUUGUAAUUUAAAAAUAAUUAAAAUAAACAAAUGGCGUUUUACGAUAAUGAACAUUGGCUCUUAUCACACAUCAGGGAUAGUUUUUUAUCAACCGACAACACAGGUCAAUGCGAAAUGGUAAUGCUUGGGGAAGAUAUUCCUAAACAACUAAAAUCUAAUGGUAUGUUACAAUGUUAUCCUGGCAUGGAAGAAAGCGAUGAUGAAGAUCUGGAUGCUCUUGCAGAAUCUUAUGAUAUACAAAUGGAUAUGGAAUACAGUCAUAGGGAACGUACUAACACUGCUCAAAGAUUAGAGAAAAUGGAUCUUGAAAGAGAAAAGGCUGCUAAAGUCAGUGUAAAGUGGAAAAAUGAUUCUGUUGUACCUGUUACUCAACAAUCAGAAUUAUUUCAAAGAAAGGAUUUUCGUAAAAAGACUGGCCAAGUUAAAAAAUAUUCUCUUCUGUCUGAACAACUUGAAAAAUGCCCAAAUGUUCCACAAAAUCCAUUUAUAGAAUAUGCUAAAUAUGAUGGCAGUGCACAAGUAGAUAUUCCUAUAAGAAAAUAUAGAAUAUUUAUGUGUAUGUUACCUAAAAAACAAAGAAUGUAUCCCCUUCAUAUAAUUGUACUUGCUACAGCAAAAGUUUUAGAAUUUAUUGGAUUAAUUUGCUACAAAUAUGCAAAUGAACAUCCAGAUCAUCCUCUAAAAGAUGAUAUCACAAGAUAUGGCUUAUAUUUUACUGAAGAUGAUGGAGAAGUUGACUGGGAUUUACCUUGCUUAGAUCCUAGGGAAAUAAUAUCUAAAUUUGAAUUUACAACGUUAGGUCUUGCAGAAAUGAAACCCAGCGAUAGAGCGCGACACAACAUGUUUAGCUGGGUAGAAUUAACGAACGAAGACGAUUUUCUAGAAGGUCAAAACGAAGAACAAGAAGUUGCUGAAGAUUUAGCAAAAAUGGAAGGACAUACGACUGCUAUGGAAGCUCCAUUGUAUCAGUCAUACAGGGUAUACAUAAUUAGUAAAGUCAGAGCAAAGACUGAAAUCUAUCUAGGAAUAUCUGGUGAAAAAAUUGAAAUUAAUCCAAUAAUAACUGGAAAAGGUGCAGGUCGUUUUUGGAAUCGGCAAAGAGCUGUUAGUUAUCAAAUAGACAAUAUUGCCUGGUGUGAAGUAACAGAAACUAAGGGAUCAAAAACAAUUUUUACAUUAGUUUAUACACCACAUUCUUCUACUUCUGAAAAUAUUUUAGUACCAUCUGGACAAAUGCAUUCUUUACAUCAGUCUGCAUCAUUUAAAAAUCAUGAAUUUGAAGCUGAUUCAAUGACAGCUGAAGAAAUUGUCAGAAAAAUAAACCAUAUAUUGGAACUACAUAAUAGUAUAUCAAGAAAGGAAUAUCUAUCUCAGAAAGAAAGAAAAGCAGCAAGACGAAAAAGUUUUCAUUUGCAUAGAUGACAGCUCUAUUGGUUUCUAUAUUCUAUUUUAAAUUAUUUAAAACAUUAAUUGUACCAAUGAGAUAAUAAUUGAAACAAAUAUUUACUUCAAUACAAGUAUAAUCCUAUCAUUUUAGUAGUUGCACUAUCAAUUUCUCAUAUCAGGAUAAAGCUUUUGAACAUUAAAUAGUACACAAUAUUUUUACUUAACUAGAUAUUUAUUUUUCC